UUGGUUUAGCCGCGGCAGCUGACAGAGAAACCGAGGCAGAGAGGACGCUUCAUAGCGACAGGGUUAAAGUGUUCUUUUGUUAACUUGAACAACUUUCCCUUUAUUUGGAUCACCGAAGUUCGAGCGAGCAGAUAUUCAGCGAUGGACUGUACAAUGUUAAAUCUCUCACAGCGAUUCUAAUCAGCGGUAGAUUAGGACUUAGACAGUGCGCGAGACGCUUUGCCUAGAAUGACCAUGACAACGGCGUCGGUGACGGAAACAGCACAGCUAAUCAGAGACCGGCUGCUUCAGGCGACUGACGCUCACUGCAACAUCAGCAAUAUGGUGGCUGUAUUGGAUGUGAUCUCCAGCCUAGAGAAGUUCCCCAUCACAAAGGAAGCACUUGAGGAAACACGGCUUGGGAAGUUGAUCAACGACUUGAGGAAGAAGACCAGAGAUGAGGAUCUUGCAAAGCGUGCAAAGAAGCUCCUGCGCAACUGGCAGAAGCUGAUUGACCCACAGCAACCUGAAGUACUGCCGAAGGAACUUUCAAGCACUUUUGUGGGAUCCAACCGCUCUCAGACGUUACCGGUUUCUAGGUCUCCUCAGACUGCGACAGAUAAUGACAAAAUGCCUGUUUUGCACAGUAUUCACUCUUCAAGCACUGAUAAAUUCUACCCUGUUAAACACGUGGGUACGCAAAAAGCGGAAAAGAACCUGGCGACGUUAAAGGCCACAAAAAGAUCUGCACUGUCAACAGCCAGUGGAAGCAGCGGUGGUCCAGAGGAUCUUCAAAUACACCCCAGUGCCGUCAAACCUCACUUUAGUUCUCCUGAACUCAACAAAGAACCCACGAUCCUCAGAAAAUCAGUAUUACAACAACAGGGACAAAGGGACAUAACAGCUGGUGAGAAAGUAAAGCACAAAUCCCAGAGUCACUACAACAACCCGAGUCCUAGAUCGGUAAAGCAGUUAGUUUCAAGCAAGCAGCCAACGUCGUUUUCUGUCCCUGAAUCCGAGCCUCUUCCUGCACUGCUGUUACACUCUUCCGUCCAAGGUAUGCACACAGAGUGUCAUCAGUCAAACCUUUCACACCCAGAGAAGGAAUCGCUCCUACACAAUGAAAGGACGCUUGAACAAACCAAUAACCUGCAAAACAAGCUAGCACGGGUUCAACCAGGUUUACUCAGCGAGGUAACCAAUAUGGAAACGGAAAAAGAUAUCAAAAUAUCCGAUGGCAAGAGGAGGAAGAAUCAGUUGAGAGACCACACCGUCAACGUGGAAGGUCGUUCAUCGGACGACGUGUGUAAACCCGCUCGAGUGAAAAAUCGUAAAUUGACUUUCGAUCCCCUCACGCUACAAAUUAGACCUUCUGCAGUGAAUCAGAGCGAGGAGCAACACAAUCCAGCGGUGGAUGUUAACGAAUCAGUGAACGUGAAGCAAAGCCCAUCUGCAUCUUCACCCAGCGCUUUGCACAAAAUGAACUGGAAAGAUAUGGCGCAAAAUGAAAUCGUCAAAUAUUACCUGAACCUCCAGAACAGUUUGUUAAAAACGUCCGGAAGUCAAGUCCCAGGGGCGCACUUUUUUAUGAAUGAGUACUUGAAAUGUGAGGAAGACGGCAUGAGGGAGGCCAGCAAAACUUAUGUCCAGGUGCAAAAUGUUACAGAGACCGACUUGCCAGGGAUAAACCGAGACGUCACGACAGAGGACGUCCACAAAAUAAACAACAAGCACUGGCCCGGGGUUAAUGGCUGUUAUGACAGCCAGGGCCAGUGGUACGGCUGGACCGAAUGCAUAUCUUUAGACACGUACGGAGACGGAAGUAAACUUCAUAUCCUGCCGUACGUUUGCAUCGACUGAAAACACGUCUAUGAAUAAAAUGAUCGUGGAUCUCAAAAGGUCUUGUUUCAGAAAUGUUCCUGUAAUAACUGCUUUAUAAUAUUUUGUAUCUAUUUAUAACAUUUCGUUCUAUUUGCUUUUGAUGAUGAGGUUAUU